CUGAAAGACCAAAUGGCCAUUGAGAGAGACAACAUUUGAUGUUAUAUUAUGGAAUUAGUCAGAGACAGAGACAGAGCAUUUACAGUAGCUGGGAAACGAAGACUGUAGGUGAUUUUUGAAGGCAGAUAGGGUUUAUUAAAGACAACAAUCUAUUUUAUUUAUCUGUGUUCGCUGCGCUGGGCUGCUACGUAUAUCAGCUCUUUGUGUCGACAUGGUUUGUUUUUGUUGAAGAGAGAGAGAGAGAGAGAGGACUCCUGGCUUUGACUAGGAGGUUUUUGACGCACGCUAAAGUGUCAGAAUCGUGUCAGGAGGAUACAAAAGUUAGGCUAUCUGAGCAGUGAGGAGUUGGAGAGGAAGGAGAUGGGCAAUUGUCUAAAAUCUCCUACUUCGGAUGACAUCUCUUUGCUUCAUGAGUCACAGUCAGACAGAGCCAGCUUCGGCGACGGCACUGAUCCGGACCAGGAGCCGCCACCGCCUUACCAGGAGCAGAUCCAUGUACCCGUUUAUCACCCCACUCCAAGUCAGACCCGGUUGGCGACACAGCUGACUGAGGAAGAGCAAGUGCGCAUCGCACAGAGGAUUGGCCUCAUUCAACACCUGCCCAAGGGGGUGUUUGACCCCGGCAGCGACGGCACGGAGAAGAAGAUACGAGAGUGCGUGAUCUGCAUGCUGGAUUUUGUGUAUGGGGAUCCGAUCCGGUUCCUGCCCUGCAUGCACAUCUAUCACAUGGAUUGCAUUGAUGACUGGCUGAUGCGCUCCUUUACCUGCCCCUCCUGUAUGGAGCCUGUGGAUGCUGCACUUCUGUCCUCCUACCAAACCAACUGAACUUCUCUCUCUCUCUCUCUCUCUCUCUCUCUCUCUCUGUCUCUCUCUCUCUCUCUCACUCACACACACACACACACACACACACACACUCUGCCCUGAUGUUUUUGGAAUUAUCCUACCUAUAGGCAGGGGACAGGUCAGAGCUCUUUCUCAUAGCAUUAUGGGAUAGUACAGGACCGCUCUCCUGGGUUGUCCUGCUGGACAGGGAAACCUGCAGGAGCCGCAUGAGUGGGACUCUUUACCGUAUCCUGACAACCCGGACCAUUCUGCUGUGCCACCCCUUACACUGGAAAGCAGAAAACGGUUUAAAAAAAAAAAAAAAGUCCAGAAAGAGAUGGAAGGGGGAAAUGCAGUUUGUGUUUUCACCACUUUUCUCUGUGUAUAAUGCAUUGGGGUGUGACUCCUCUUUUCUUUCUUUUGUUUCUUUCUUUUCUUCUCUCCCUCUCUCUGUCUCUUUUUCUCCUUUUUCCAGUAAGGGCUUGUCAGAAUUUCAGCUGAGAAGGAAAAAAAAGAUGAAACGUUCUUGCACCUAAAUUACAAAUAGUGAAAUUUGCACUUCUCAGAGACAUCUUUCUCCACUGAGCGUUUUAUUCUACAUGUAAGGGCGUGUACAACUCAUUAAACUCAUUCCAUUCAGCUCCCAGCCUCUAGGUUUCGUGUUAAGCGUACUAACCAUAUCCAGUUGCUGCGGGACAUGCUUUGGUGGGAAGCUGGGAAGUAGAAUCCUUCAGCUGAAAAAUUGUCCUUUUGUGGUUUUAGGGGAUAACGUACAGUGCAGUGCAUAUAAGUUGACUGUGACUCUUUCUUUUUGUGUUUUGGCACAUGAAUUUGAAGUGAAAUUUGUGUGUGUGCGCGCGUGUGUGUGUGUGUGUAUAUAUAUAUAUAUAUAUAUAUAUAUAUAUAUAUAUAUGCACCAUCCAUAUAGGAAUUGUAGCCCUUUUUCUAGCUAGUCGUUUUAGGGGAACAGAUUACAGCUUAAAAGUUGCCAGUAGGGCAGAGGUCUGCAAUUAAGUUUGGUGACAUGGCAGUUUUAUUCACAUUGGGGAUGUUUAGUGUGGUAUUUUAGGUGUUUCAGGGCUGCACAAAAUAGCCUACCAUUUCCCAGGUUUUAAAUACAGUGGAAGUUUUUAAACAGUUACUACUUGAUCAACCUAAUUAUUUUUUUAAGGUUAAAUAAUUUACCAGUACAUUACAUGUUUGCUAUUGUGGUUCAAAAUAUAUCCAGUAGGUGGAAACAUUGCAUUAAUGUGGGCCUACCAGUGACAGAGUGGACACAGUGUGGGAAUUGAUUAAAUAGGUGGGGCAUGGGGGAUGAGCUGUGCAUAGUCACAGGGUGCUUCCCAUUUCUUUAACUGUGCCUCAUCUUUCCUCCCUUGCUUCUUAGCUCCUCCCUCUGAGGAAGUGAGGAAAGGGUGCAAAGAAAGGAAACGAGGACAGGAGAAAUGCGGAACAAGCAUAUUUGCCCAAUGAGACCAGUUCUAAUCUCAAAUAGUGCUUGCUGAAAUAUAGAGAAUUCACUGAUUCGAACUGCAGACGGCAUGUUGCUCAGUUGUAUUCAGCUAACUUUAGACAACAGGGAUCACAUUCUGAAUUAAGCUUUGUUAAAAUAUUAUUGCACAUCACACACUUAAAUGUUGAUAUUUUGACCUCAGCAUAUGAUUUCCAUUGUUUGAAUAUGAAAUCUAAAUACACGUUCCUCUAUUAUAGACCUGAGCAAUGUGAUAAAAUGGAAGAGUGACUUGGUGCGCGAUAGCUACACAUCCAAACCACCAUAUUUGCUUUUUGUAUGCCUAUAUCCAUAGGGUAAAGAGUGACAAAAAUAUUGUAAAAUGUUUUUCUAAUUAAAAAGCAGGCUCAGGUUUGUUAGUGUGAUGCCGGAAUCUUUUCUAUUUGCCUGCAGCCUGUCUGGAAAUCCUGUAAAAAUGUCACAAUUUCCUGUUUUACUGGUAGGCGAAAUAGAUUAUUAUGGCAGGCUGGUAUUUGCCAACUCUUAGAAUUUGGUCUUGGGGACAAAUUAGGUCCUGUACUAUAGAAGAGAUUAUAUAAAUCUAACAAAACGCCUUAAAAUUUAGCCGACAUUGGCACAAUGACCUGAAGUAUGGCACUAGAGGAGCUUUUGAGUUUUUCAGAGCCAAAUGGUGGCAUGUUCUUCACUGACUUUUCAAAUGAAUCACUCUGCCCAAGUCUGAAUGAGCAUCUUAUUUACUAAAGAAUGAAGGAAAAAGCAUGUCAAAUCUGCAAAUGACUGUGAUGGAGUUCUGUAAGAACUUUAGAAGAAAGAUAUUAGUGUGUAGUGAUCAUUAUUAAUCACACGUCAGUUGUAAGAUGUUAGUUUCUUUUGGUCACCUGAUGGACCAAACUACUAGAUGUUUGUGCUAGGGCUGUGAAUUCUGUACGAUCAAUCCAAUAUUGCGGUCUGUCACUGUCCAGUUACUUAUGAGCUGCAUGUCAAGAGCUCUCUUUUGAUUUUAUUAUGAUCUUGCCUUGGAAUACAGUAAAGACUCUGAAGCACGACCCAAGUGCUGUUCAAUUAGCUUAGCAUUUUUUGUUUGUUUGUUUUUUUCUUUUGAGUGUAUAAUUUUCUUUUAAUUAUGCUACAGCUUGUCUACUACCAGAACCAAAUAAUUUAUUUAAAUGUAAUAGCAGUGGGGUACUUAAGCUGUGGGGAAGGGCCGUAGACCUGUUUUUGCUAUGAGCAUUAAUAAUCAUUCAAGAAUGAGUUGUGAUUUACUAGGUAUCAUUUUAAAACUAUUGGGUAAUAGUGUAUGAAGUUUGUUGUUUGUUAGUCAGCGAUUACUAGGUGCAAUAAUACAUUCUGGCGUGCAUUAAAAAUAAACUCCUGGCCCAUUUUUAUGUAAUCCACACCCUGUAAUUCAUAACUGCUCAAAUCUACGUACUGACUCAUCACAUCUCAGAAAAAGGAAAUGAGCGCAGUUACCACAUGGUGUGUUGUUUUUCUUUUGUGUGCUUCUGAGUUCAUGUUAAAUCAUAUCCAUUAUAAAUUUGCUGUUGUUAUUGUACAUAUAGAUUAUUUUAUGACUAAUUUUUAUUUUACUCAUAUGUUCGACAUUAGAACUUCACUAAGCAUUACCACAAAGAGUGCAAAUCUAUAUUACUUUUCAAAAGAACUGAUACUGGGCUCAAAGUGAGUUUGACCCAUCACCAUGGCUCUGGUUCAGCCAGCAGCAGAAAGCAGUACUUCCUUUGGACUUUAUACUGUCUCCAUUUGUCCUUUUCCUGUUGAAAAAAAAUUAAUAAAGAGGUACAAAUGUGACAUGAAAACUGAGUGCUAUGGACAUGCAAAUUCAAUUUUCCUUUUUAUAUGAAAUGUCCCUCGCUAUUGUCAUUUGUUCAGAUAUAAACCCUUCCCUCUUUUCUCCUAGAUUUGUUGGUAAAGCACAAAAAAAACCAUAAUGUAUUAUUUUUAACCUUGGUGUCUUCAAGGUUAUAAAGAUGGUCAUUGUCAUGCCUGAAGGAAGUGGAACCUGGUUUUGUGUUUUGUGUUUCUCUGCUCGUGAGAUAGGGAUGUUCUUUGUCCUGAUACCAAGCGCCAUCCCUAAAUUUCCAAACAUGUAAACAAAAACGAAACGCUGAUGUGGCUGCUAUUAAAGUGUAGUUUUUCUA